AGAAACAGAACAUCUUUGACACAUGUGCAUAAACAAUCAUAGUAGAACUAGAAAAAACUUAUUUCAGAUUUACUCACUUUAUUCUUUAAAUUCCAGUUUCUGCCCCUUCUACUAUUAAACUACAAUAUCAAGACCUAACAGUUAGUAGGUCUGUUAACAACAAAAAUCAUCAUAAUAAGAAUAUUUUAAAAUGCAUGGAAAGCCCACAUCAUAGCCCCUUUUAGAUAGAAAAGGUGGCACAUUCGCUGCAAGGGUAAAGGCGGCAAUGUGCUAUCUUGUCUCUCUAAAAUGGAGGUGUAAUAUAACUCCUUUUCCAAAAGCGACGUGAAGCAUUAAGAUGGGCAGUGAACAGUGACAACAAAUUUGUAUACUAAGAGCUUUACAUUGCACCUCAUUGGAGUUUAGAACUGGGUUCCCUAGCGUUGGGGGCAAUUUGAAAGUAGCGACCAUUCGUAGCUUGCCCCUACAACAACAAGUGGACAAUGAAGACAGCUUCAGAAACCGAGGAGACGCUAGCAUCUCCCGGACCUCAGUGGCUUUCCGGUUGCUCAUCUUGACGUCCGCAGAUGAAGUAAUGGACUGACUGCUGUGAUCAGCUGUUUCCUGGUUUUAAAACUCCCUGACUGUGGGUCGCAGAACAGUGCACAUCAUCGACACCUCUGCCCACCUCACGCAAUUUCCGGCACACUGACGUCUCGGAUUUAGAUAGCAAUGAAGGCAGAAAUAAGUGUAGCCUCCGAGGCAGCAAACUGGUGGAGCAAAACAGACACCCAGUUUACCACUCUCUGUCUAAAUCCGCAGCCGCAAAAAGGACAGCCAAAUUGGUGGCUUGUUGCCCAGUAUAAAAACGUCUCAUGUCCAUUUAUCUGUUUAAACCAUUCCAGUCUGGUUUCCAUUACAACACAUCACAGCCCUUCUCAAAGUCACCAACGACUCAUACAGCUAGGUUCCACCAGAUACACAUCUGGUCCAGCUCUGCUACGUCACAGCUAUGCCACAGCAGGAGAGCUGAUAGGUUUCACUCUAGUCUAUGUGUGUACUUCCACUGGCUUCAGCCGAUUUCAGCACAGAGCAGACAGAAAGACACACACUGAAAUAACAUCAUAAUAUGCUGUUAAUCUCCAAAAUUAAUCACUUCAUGUUGAUGCCAACACAAAAAUCUCCAAAAAGAGACAAAUACAAACACUUCUUCUAAUCCUUCGGGGUGGAACAUUUCAUGUUGUUGUGUCUAUAACACAUAUCUCUAAUUCCAUUUCCAUAAUUACGCAAACUCCUCAGUCUCACAACUCCAGCUGUUCACCAGUGCUGUGCCGUACCGGACUCAAAACACAGCCAGUUAGGGUUGCCGGAUCACGGAGCAAAACUGUAGCAGAGCCAGAGCCCAAUGGAUAUGCAUCCAGUAGAAUCUAAGAGUUUCCUUGAGAUUCUCCUCAAACUUUACAGUAGCUGUCAAUGCUAUUAAUCACACUAUUCUUUCCCACCGGGAAUCCUCCCUCAAUAUCACUGGCACUGCCCUUCUUCUGACUAAGGACAGACAAGCACAGAUUUCAUCAUCAACUACUGCACAUCCUCCACCACACCGCCCUCCCAAGGCGUCCCUUAUGGUUCUGUGCCUCUGGAUAUGACACUGAACACGGGCAUUCAAUUUCUUUGGUCGACCAUGGCAAGACCUGUUCUGUUUGCAACCUGUCCUGUUGAAGCGCUGUAUGGUCUUGGCCACUGUGCUGCAGCUCAGUUUCAGGGUGAUGGCACUCUUAUUAUAGCCUGGGCUAUCUAUAUGUAGACCAACAAUUCAUGUUUUCAGAUCCUCAGAGAGUUCUGCCUGUUGAACUUCCAGUGACUAGUAUGAAAGAGUAUGAGAGCAAUAACACCAAAUUCAACACACCUGCUCCCCAUUCACACCUGAGACCUUGUAACACUAACAAGUCACAUGACACCUUGGAGGGAAAAUGGCUAAUUGGGUCUAAAUUCUGACAUUUUCACUUAGGGGUGUACUCACUUUUGUUGCCAGUGUUUUAGACAUUAAUGGCUGUGUUUUGGGUUAUUUUGAGGGGACAGCAAAUUUAUUCUAGCUGUACACUCACUACUUUACAUUGUAUCAAAGUGUCAUUUCUUCGGUGUUGUUCCAUGAAAAGAUAUAAUUAUAUUUAAUAUAAAUAUUUGCAGAAAUGUGAGGGGUGUACUCACUUUUGUGUAUUAAGGACCUGUGUGGUCUCCAGACCGACACGCCUGUCAUGAUUUAUGAUUAUACUCUUCUUGUGGUGUUGUAGUGUCUGGUUUUGUCUUAUAUUUUCAUUUCCAUGCCCUCUUGUGUCCUUUAAGUGUCUCCUCUCUGUUCUUCCCUCUUCUAACCUUCCUCCUUGCAUGUUAGUCUCCCCCUGUCUGUCAGUAUUGUUCCCUCCAUGCUUUCUCCUCUGUGCCUUCCCCUCAUUAUCUUACCUGUCCUCUUCCCUCUCCUCACCUGCUCCUCAUCCCCUCAUCAGUGUGUCUAUGUAUCUAAGCCUUUGUUCCCCAUUCACUCUUUCUCAAUUUGUUGUGUGUGAUUCCUUCUGAUGUACCCUGAGUCUUCUCUUGUGUCUCCUCCUGUGUUCUCCCUGGUUGAUUUCCUGAGGAAGGUGUACACACUUCUGAGCCUGCAAAUCAUUCUAACCACAGCCACCUCUGCCCUCUUCAUGUUCUCCCAUACCAUCAAGGAGUUUGUUCAUGCCAGUCCUGCUGUGGUUUUGGUUUCAGCUCUGGGCUCCCUGGUUCUUCUGCUCUUCCUGGCCAUUUACAGACACCAACAUCCAGUCAAUUUCUACCUGCUGCUAGUAUUUACUCUACUGGAAGCAGUUUCUGUGGCCACAGCUUUGACCUUCUAUGAAUAUUCCACUGUACUGCAAGCCCUGUUCCUGACUUGUGCUGUGUUUGUUGGCCUGACAGCCUACACCUUCCAGUCCAAGAGAGACUUCAGCAAAAUGGGAGCAGGACUGUUCGCCUGCCUGUGGAUCCUAGUAAUUGCAAGUUUCAUGAGGUUCUUCCUCAAUAAUGACAGCACAGAGCUGGUCCUGGCUGGAUCUGGGGCUCUCAUCUUUUGCGGUUUCAUAAUCUACGACACCAACCUGCUUAUGAAGCAGCUCUCCCCUGAGGAACACAUCCUGGCCUCCAUCAACCUCUACCUGGACAUUGUAAACCUUUUCCUGCACAUUCUGCGUCUCCUCGACUCCAUGAAGAAACACUGAAGCUCAAAUACCAGUUUAAAUUGCUAUAUUCAGCUAUAGCAGCUGUUGUCAAUCCUAAUUGGCCCACCGGAAACCCUCAGAAAUUACUUUGUGUUAAUUACCCUGUGUUCAUACAUGUGAGUGUUCAUGGCCUUAGAAGUGGCUUUGGCUGCAUGUCCAAGUAUUCUUGGACAUGUGUGAAUGCCUAAGUGUAGAAAUAUCAUGGAGCGCAUUCACUAGGAAGCGCUUUCUCCUGUACGGAUGUGCCUGUGAAGAGAUGAUGUGACAAGUGUUGUAAAGCACUUUGAUUGGCGCACCGCACCAGGUAGACCAGAAAAUCACCAUAUAAAUGCAAGACUAAUAUUGAAAAAUAAAAUCUUAGCUUUGUGAACUCCCUUCACAUAUCCAGUCAUGAUACUAUCACCUAUUACGAGACCAAUAAACCGAUUUAUCCGUGGAAUGUUCUUGAUGCUGCCAGCAAAUUCAGAAUAAGCGUAUGUAUUUACAAAAAUAAUAAGGUUGAUGAGGUAAAACAUUAAAUAUAUAUUCUUUCUACUAUUUUGUCCUGUCAGUGUGUAUAGCAAGAGGAAUUAGCAAAUAAUCACAUUCUGCUUUAGUGGUUUACACAGCCUCUCAAAUGGGGAUUUGGUGUUGUAUAUAAUGUCUAUAUUGUGUUAAUAGUGUAAUUGCCCAGGUCCUCCUGUUUGGUUCAGUACACUUGAUGGAACUGUUGGGCACACAUGCCUGUGAUUGUAAAACUUCAUUAACUACAGAAAAAGUGAGCUGGUAGGGCAUGAUUUUAGGCAUUAGUGGACACUGUAACAUAUUGAGUUGGUAAAAUGUUUUCAAUUAAUUUUUCCUGCAGUAUCUCUCAGUGGGGUUUCAGAGUUUUUGUUUCACAAAUGUAUUCUCAGACUGAAUUGUUGUUUUCAGUGUUGUCAAAAAAUAAAAGUUUGUAUAACAUCAGUGAGCUACCCUCAGUAUCUCUGAACCCCUCCGAUGUUCUGUUAAUGGUGUUCAAUAGAAAGAAGAGGGCACAAUAUGGUCAUUUAAAUAAAGUUAGGGAUGUCUGGAAUGCAUGUAUGGGCUUAUUAAUAUCUGUGGUUGUACAUUCUUUUAUGGUGUAUCGUUAAACUGUUCUUAACAAAUGGUGCAAUAAAAAAGACCAAAUGUAAUGUUUUCUUUUAAUUAAUAAAACAGUUCUGUUAAAAAAAAA